AGUUUUAAUAUUUUUGGAGAGUUUAAAAACGUGUCUUAAAAAUUUAAAGCAAAGAAAAUUUAAAAAUGAGUUCAAACAAAAAGAAACACACGAUUGAGAGUGAAAAUAUGCAAGAUUCUGAUGAAGAUUUCAGUGGAGAUGAAGAUUCUAAUGAGGAUGAGCAAGUAUCAGCUGGAAAUGAGGAAAUUCAAGUUGAAUUUGAGGGACGCAAUCCGAUAGAUAGUGACAGUGAUGGAAUCAAAUUGUUGCUUCGUCAGCUCUUCCUUAAAGCUCACAUCAAUUUAACUGACUUUACAAAUAUAAUCAUUUCACAAAAUUAUAUCGGAUCAGUAAUAAAGCAAAGCUGGGAUGAAGAGAUGGAUGAUGAUGAUGAUGACGAUAAUGACGACGACUCAAAUGUUGUCUUCGGUGUUACAACAGUCUUGAAUAUGUCAAGUCGCAAAGAUUCUGAAAGUAUUCAACAAUUGAAAUCACUUAUUCUCGAACGUGCUGAAAAAUAUUCAACAGAUGCAACAUUGAAACUUCUUCGCGACAUUCUCACAAAUGAUGCUCAAGAAGAGCUUUUCGUGCAAGAGUCACUUGCAAGCUUUGAAUAUUCGGUGCAAUCAGAAGCCGACACUGGACUGUCCGGAAAAUGGCGUGAAGAUGAUGAAGAAUUAACACCUUUCAGGAAAGUGAUUGUCAUUGACGGUCAAAAAUUACCAUCAAUUGUUGAGUCAAUCAAUGGAUUUAUUCACGGUUCUUAA